CUCCAUUACUGCUGAACAGGUCCAGAGAAAUCAGAGCUUGACAUCAUACACAUCCACACAGCAGCAUCUGACACGAUGAAGCCCAUCUCAGUCCGCUCCAGCAUGAAGCUCCUGCUCGCUGCGCUGUGUGUGGCAGCCAUGAUUCAAACAGCGGAAUUAGAAUCAACUACAGUCACUUCAACAACAGCAACAACGGUGCCUUCAACCUCCAGCUCCACUUCCUCCUCCUCCUCCACCACCACCACCACCACUUCCACUUCCACUUCCUCUUCCUCUUCCUCUUCCACUUCCACUUCCUCUUCCUCCUCCAACACCACCUCCAACACCAUCUCCAACACCACCUCCAACUCCACAAUGACAGCGUCACCUUCUAAUUCUACCACUGCGAACUCCACAAUUACAACAACCACUUCCGGAUUGACCACAUCUGCAAAAGGAGGAAGCGUGAGCAUCGGUGCGUCACGUGACGUCCUGCUCCUGCCGCUGUUCGUGAUUUUGACUGUGAUGAUGAUGAGCGCCAACUAAAGGCCAAAGAAAAUAUAACACACACUGCAAUCCCACUGUGUACACAUGCAAUGUUACCAGCUCCAUGUUGCGUGCUAGCAUGAAACUUAAAUAACUGCUGUUUUACAAUACCUAUACACCUAUACCUUCCCAUUUAUUUCAUUAUUAUUAUUAUUAUUAUUCAUUAUUGAAAAUGCACAUUUUAUAUUGAUUAUAUAUUUGUAAAUACACGAAUAACCAUAUAUAUUUUUUAAUUGUUUUAGACCCAUUAUUAAAUUAAAAUGAGCAGAAGUUCCUGUCUGGACAUGGCAGGUGAAUACAUGAUGCUCUGAAAAAAAAAAAAAAACUUUCCAAGGACCCCUACUACAAAAGGAUAAUCUGUUUAAUAAAGCUCUGUAUACAGUGGCAUUUUGCACAAUAUUCCACAGGACAAAAAUUGAGAACAUGUCAGGACAUCUGAAAUAAAGAAUACUUUAAAUGUAUUUUUUAAUAAAAUGAUGUCAUACAUUUCAAAAAUGUUUAGUGUGUUAUAUCACAGUGAACAUUACCUACAGUUCUGUGCAUGGCGGAUUUAUUCUUGCAUUAUUAGAUUUAUAAUUUAAUCUUUCUUAAAUAAUAUAAAUAAUAAUAUUAAAUAAAUUAAUAUUUAAUCUUUCUUUUUACACCUUCGUGUAACUCCGAAUUCACAUCCUCGGCUCUCUGGACUGUGUGUUGAUGUGCUUUACAUGUUGUUGGAAACCCUGCUGUAACCUUUUGUCCAGUGACUUUGUUUUGGAUCAAACAUGUCAGCAAAAUGUGCAUUUUCCAUCCACUAAGCAUUGUUUCACACUCGCCUUAUCAUAAAGAUCUUCAAAACAUGA